AUGGAGACUUCAUUGCUUGGAUACAUUACAGAAUCUCCAAUCUCCAUCGCACAUUUCUUAACCGCGACUGUCCUUAUCAUUGUGGUUCUCGGUUUCAAAUUCAAAUCCAAGAGUAUAUACCUUGUCGACUUCACUUGCUAUCUGCCUCCCAAUAGCUUGCGAAUCGCAAAGGAGAGCUACAUUGAACACCUUGAAAUUUCAAACCUCUAUGACGAAGAAAGCCGAAAUUUCCAAAUCAAGGUAAUGGAAAGAUCGGGAAUCGGAGAGGAGAGUUGCAUGCCUAUUACAAUCCAUGAGUUCCCUCCACAUUCUUCUUUAAACGCUACUAGAAAAGAAACCGAAACAGUUCUCUUCUCUGUAGUCGAAGACCUUCUUUCCAAGCACAAAAUAAAUCCAACAAGCAUUGACAUCCUUGUCUCAAACUGUAGCCUUUUCUGCCCAACUCCGUCCAUUACAUCAAUGGUCAUAAACAAGUUUGGAUUCCGUAGCAACAUAAAGAGCAUCAGCCUCAGCGGAAUGGGUUGCAGUGCUGGACUGUUGUCGAUAAGUUUGGCUAAAGAUCUUCUACUAGUCCACAAGAACUCAUUGGCUUUAGUUCUCAGCAUGGAAGCUAUAACUCCAAAUGGUUAUAUAGGUAGAAGAAAGUCCAUGCUUAUUCCCAACCUUUUGUUUCGGAUGGGAGGAGCUGCUAUCCUAUUGUCCAGUAGGAAGCAGGACAAGAAAAUAGCAAAGUACGAGCUCCAGCAUCUUGUCCGAACACACAUCGGUUCGGAUGAUGAAGCAUACCAAUCUGUCUUCCAGCAACCAGAUGAAGAUGGUGUUGUAGGGGUCUCACUGUCAAGGGCACUUGUACCUGUCGCCACCAAAGCUUUAAGAAUUAACAUAUCCAAGUUGGGGCCACUCGUGCUGCCAUAUUCCGAGCAGCUACGAUAUGUAUGGUCAGUAAUCCGCAAGAAACUGUUAUUUUCACCACGCCAGAAGGGAACUUAUGUGCCGAAUUUCAAGAAGGCUCUCCAGCAUUUCUGCAUCCAUGCUGGCGGAAGGGCAGUCAUCGACGGCAUAGUAGCUAGUCUGAAGCUGGACAAGGAAGAUGGAGAAGCUUCAAGGAUGACAUUACAUAGAUUUGGCAAUACUUCAUCGUCUUCAGUUUGGUAUGAGCUCUGCUACUUGGAGGCAAAAGGAAGGAUGAAGAAAGGAAACCGAGUGUGGCAAAUAGCCUUCGGAAGUGGCUUCAAGUGUAAUAGUGCAAUUUGGAAAUGCAUUUCGGACGUUGAUCCAACGGUAAGAAAUGCAUGGUCCGAUAGAAUCUAUUUGUAUCCCGUCGAUGAGAUCUCAAAUGAAUCCUUUUGA